AUGCCUCCAAAGGUGGUCGUUGCACGACACACACCGACUGUGAGCGAGGCGACUCUCAUCAAUGAAUACAAAAUCGAUGAAAAGUGCUCUUCCAAGGGAGCCGAAUCCGUACACUUCGAUAUCGCAAAGGAGAUCGAUGUGGAGGCACAGACCCAGCGCAAACCCAAGUUAUUUGCAUCUACCCGAUAUGCCAUCCUCACACUAUACCGGCGUCUGUUCACGCUAGUGUUCUGCGCAAACGUUGCAAUGUUUGUGUAUAUCAUGAGCACUGAACAGAAACUCCUGGCCUUGGUCAAUGCCACAGCCGCCAAUUUGCUUGCCUGUGGCCUGGCCCGCCAGCCACUGGUGGUCAAUGCUAUAUUCGUCAUCGUAUGUUCGAUGCCGCGCUCAGCGCCGCUUCUCCUCCGUCGGAUCGCCGCAAAAGUCUACCACUAUGGCGGUGUCCAUAGCGGCUGUGGAGUCGCUGCCCUCGUGUGGUACGUGGGAUUCGUGGGCGUGAUGUCCCACCAGUACUGGAAGCCAUCAGCUGAUGGUUCGGACAUUGGUAUUUCAGCAGCACCGGUUGCGUUAGCUUAUGUCAUAUUGGUCCUGUUGCUGGCGAUCAUCGUGGUGUCCCACCCCGCAUUCCGAAUGAAACGGCAUGAUUAUUUCGAACUCACUCACCGUUUUUCGGGGUGGCUGGUCGUGGCCUUGUUUGUCGCCCUGCUGAUCGUCUUCUCUCGAAACGCUAGCCAGUCCACGGGCCAACCACUUGGAACAUUCAUCAUCGAGCUGCCAGCAUUCUGGUUCUUGAUGCUCACUGUAGCAGCCAUUAUCCAGCCUUGGCUGUUCCUUCGGAAGGUCGCAGUGCGGGCCGAGCCACUCUCGACUCACGCCACCCGCUUGCAUUUCGACCAUGCUAUUACCACCUUUGGAAAGGGCAUCCAACUAGCCAAGCACCCGCUUCGGGAUUGGCAUGGGUUUGCCACUUUCCCAGACCCCACACCCGCAGGCGUCCACGGCAACCCAAGCUUCUCUUCGUUGGUGUCCAAAGCUGGUGAUUGGACUGCAGAAACAAUUCAGAACCCGCCUACUCACCUCUGGAAGCGCGGAGUGUUGAUCUAUGGCUUUGCAUAUGCCAUGCGUGUUUUCCGGAGAGUGAUAGUUGUCACUACCGGAUCGGGCAUCGGACCCUGUCUGUCAUUCCUCGGUGAUGACAACCGACCCGCACUGCGUGUGCUUUGGCAAACUCGUGCUCCUCAGAAGACCUACGGCGAUAGGAUCAUGCAUCUAGUCCACAAAAUGGAUUCAGCCCCUAUCAUCCUAGACACCAAUAAGUGUGGCCGUAUGGACAUGGUUCCCAUCAUCCUGCAGCAGAUCAAGGACUUCCAGGCUGAAGCGGUGUGCGUGAUCAGUAACCCUGUGCUGACGGCGCGAAUUGUCUAUGAGCUUGAAUGUCGAGGAACCCCGGCAUUUGGCCCGAUUUUUGAUUCCUGA